CCAGGCCGCAAGCUUUUAAGGGGCCAGCGAGCAGGCAGUUCUCGUGUAUCAACGAGCAGGCGUGCACAUGGAGCCCACGCCAGCGGCGCCGCGCAUCCACCUCCAGUCCCCGCAGACUGCCGUGCCGACGCGGGCGGUCGAGCCUGGGCGGACGCGCCGCAUCACCGUGGCCGCGCCCCCGCUCCCACCGGCCGCGCUGCAGCGGCGCACUCGCGUGGUGCUCUACUACCGCGCGGACGCCGCUGGCGCGGACGGCCGGGCCUCGGUGCGGCUGUGGGAGGAGGCGAUGUGGGCGAAGGAGUCGCUGAGCGAGGCCGUGGCCGACCACCCGGAGAUGGGCGGCCGGCUCCGGCGCCACGCCGACGGGUCGUGGGAGGUAAAGCUGAACGACGCCGGCGUGAGAUUCACAGAGGCCACGGCAGAGGCGACCCUCGACGAGUUCCUGGCGACCGCCCAGGACAAGGACCGGGCGCCUAGCUGGGAGGCCGCCCUGGCGCCGUGGGCCGACGUGAACGCGGAGGACCCCGACGUGAGCGCGCUCGUCUACGUGCAGCUGACACGGUUCCAGGGAGACGGAGGCUUCGCCGUGGGCGUAAGCUGCAGCCUGAUGCUGUCCGACCCGCUGUCACUGGCGAGGUUCCUGGCGUCGUGGGCGCGCACGCACGCCAGGAUGAAGGCUCAGAACGACGCCGCCGCCCACCCGCUGAUGCAGUACGCGAGCUACUUCCGGCGCCCGGACGCCAGGGCCGCGCGCGCGCUCGUCAAGUCCGUCCCCCUCGACGCCUUCGCCUCCGCCGACGCCGCCGAGACCGUCCUCUUCAGAGCCAGACCUACCAUGCUGCCCGCCGGCGCGGGCGCACCACCGGCGCCCGACCACCGCGCGCUCGCCGUCGCCUGUGUCGCCCAGGCGCGGGAACGGCUCGGCGAUGGCAAGGUGGUGCCGCCGCAGUUCCCGCUCGUCGUCUUCGACUGCGAAGGCGGUGUGAGCGUCGAGACGUGCGCGGCGGCGGCUUACGGGCAGCCGCCGUCGCCGAGCGGCGGCGGGCGGUACAAGAUUGACGUUGCCCUGUGGGAGGAGCUCGGGCUGGAGGAGCUGGUGCUCAGGGACAGCAAGCCACUGCACGUGUCGUACAGCAUCCUCGGCGCUGGCUGCGAUGGGCUCGCCGUCGCGAUGCCUGCCGGCGCUGCCGGUGAGCUCCUUGUCGCGGCGACGGUCCCCAAACCCAAGUGAAGAUACAUCGGCAGGCAGGCUCUGGCAGCUAGCCGGGGCGCGAAAGUUCCCGUGCCGUCCGAUAUCUGUGGUACUGAUUUCUACGGUGUUUAUAAAUUAAAAUUACAGCAAAACAAAAAAAAAUUAUAGUAUUUGUGUGUGAAAAUACAGAGAAUAAGACAAUACUGUAAACCAAUCACAGUUGUGGAUUUUCAACAAUAUUGCCCAUCAAAUAAAUGCAACGUUUGUG